ACUAGCGGGGAGGAGGAGGAGCAGAGCAGCAGCCGCAGCCGGAGUUGGCGGGGAGGGUUGGCGAGGAAGUGACCGGCCUCUCUCCCCCCCCCUCCCCUGCUGCCGGGCAUGAGCCCCGGCUCCCUCUCCUGCCGGUGCGGUGCCAGCAGCCGCGGGGCUCGGGGAGAGGCGACCUUCCGAGGGGGCCGCUGGGGCGGGAGAUGCGCUUGUUUCCAGCAGCGCCAGGAGCAGCAUGUUCCCCGAUGCCGACAGCACUAGCGGCAGCAGCAGCAGCGGCGGGCAGCCCGAGUCGGCGGGCGCCGCAGUCUCCGGCGCCCCGGGAGCGCGCAGCCCCGGCGGCCAGUCCUGCCGCAGCAGCGCCCCAGCGGCAGCCGCCGUCGCCGGCGGGGAGGAGGAGGCGGACGACGAGGAAGAGGAGGAGGAUCCCGGCUCGUCCCGCCUGAUGCUGGCGGCCGGGCUGGGGCUGCUGGCGGUGUCCCUGUUCCACCUGGGGCGGGCGGAGGCGGGGGACGGGGGGCAACCGUGCCUGGCCCUGCUGCUGCUGCGGUUGGCCCUCUACCUGGGCUGCGCGGCGGCCGCCUUCCUGCUGGGCACCUUGCUCGCCUUGAGCGGCCCGACCCGCGGCCACCUCCGGACCCCGCCGGACUUCCCCGCCGCCUGGAGCCGCGGGCCGAGGCGGGACGCUCCGCUCCUGCGGGCAGCCGCGAGUCAUUUGUCUGGAAAUGCACAUGAAUCGCUCCAGUCUAGGAGGGUGGUCAUUUCUCAUAACAUGGAUAAAGCGCUGAAAGAAGUGUUUGACUACAGCUACAGAGAUUACAUUCUGUCCUGGUAUGGGCACCUCAGUAAAGAUGAAGGACAGCUGUACCACCUGCUAUCUGAAGAUUUCUGGGAAAUCGCCAAGCAGCUGCGACAGAGGCUGAGUCACAUUGAUGUAGUGAAAGUUGUCUGCAGCGAUGUAGUGAAAACUUUACUCACACACUUCUGUGACCUUAAAGCAGCCAAUGCCAGGUAUAGAGAAAAGAUAGGGCAAGGGAUUGAAAUGGGGCAAAGGCAGGAAGAGCAGCCAAGGCCAUUUUUACUCCAUCCAUGCUUGAGGAACUCUGACGAAGAAGUAAGAUUCCUGCAAUCAUGUUCUCAAAUUCUGGUGUAUUGUCUCCUACCCUCAAAGGAUGCCCAGUCUCUCAGCUUGCGCAUAGUCCUUGCAGACAUACUUGCAACAAAAGUACUGAAGCCAGUGGUGGAGCUGCUGAGUGAUCCAGAUUAUGUCAACCAAAUGCUGCUCAGCCAGAUGGAGUACAGAGAACAGGUGAAUGAGCAUCACAAGAAAGCCUACACAUAUGCUCCUUCUUAUGAGGAGUUCAUCAAGCUCAUUAACAGCAACUCUGACGUUGAGUUCCUGAAACAACUAAGGUAUCAAAUCGUAGUGGAAAUAGUUCAAGCAACCACAAUCAGCAACUUUCCCCAGAUGAAAAGACAGAAAGAUACUAAAGGUAAAGAAACUGCUGCAAUGAAAGCUGACCUCUUGAGGGCUCGCAAUGUGAAAAGGUACAUUAAUCAGCUGACUGUGGCAAAGAAGCAGUGUGAGAAGAGAAUAAGGCUUCUAGGAGGUCCAGCUUAUGACCAGCAGGAGGAUGGUAUCUCUGAUGAGGGUGAUGGCCUUCAGAGCCAGAAGAUUCUUCAGUUUGAGGAUAUUUUGGCCAACCCAUCCUACCGAGAGCACUUUCGACUGUACAUGGAAAGGAUGGACAAGAGGGCUUUGAUUAGCCUUUGGGAGUCUGUGGACUAUCUGAAGAAUGCUAACAAGGCUGAAAUACCUCAACUAGUGAGUGAAAUUUAUCAGAAUUUCUUUGUGGAAAGCAGAGAAAUCCCUGUGGAAAAGUCACUUUACAAAGAAAUACAGCAAAGUCUUGUGGGCAAUAAAGGCAUUGAAGUUUUCUACAAAAUUCAGACUGAUGUUUAUGAAACACUAAAGGACAGGUACUACCCCUCCUUCAUUGUCAGUGAUUUAUAUGAGAGGCUGAUCAAGAAAGAAGAAGAGAGAAUUGCAGUUCAGUUGACUUCUGAGGACAAGGAUGAAGUGAGCCAAGGUUGUGAAGACGUUAUUGAUGAAUGCAGCGCAAGAAUUAAUGAACAGGCAAAUUAUGCUGUAAAUAAACUUCGCCAGCUAAAUGACAAACUUGAAUAUAAGAGACAGGCUCUUAAUUCCAUAUGUAAUUCACCAAAACCUGACAAAAAGAUUGUUUCCAAAUUGAAGGAUGAAAUUACUCUGAUGGAGAGAGAACACAGUGACCUGCGGUUGCACAUUGCAAGAACAGAUUGGUGGUGUGAAAAUCUUGGCAUGUGGAAAGCCUUCAUAAAUACAGGCGAGGUUGUAGAAGAAAAUGGGGAACAAGUGCCAUGCUACUUUGUCAUGGUGAGUUUACAAGAAGUUGGUGGAGCUGAAGCGAAGAACUGGAGAGUUCCCAGAAAGCUCAGUGAGUUUCAGAAUUUACACCGAAAACUCAGUGAGUGUUUUCCAUCAUUAAAGAAAGUUCAGUUGCCUUCUCUCAGUAAGCUGCCCUUCAAAUCUGUAGAUCAGAAAUUCAUGGAAAAGUCCAAGAACCAGUUAAAUAGCUUCUUACAGAAGCUGCUUUCUGAUGAAAGACUAUGUCAGAGCGAAGCACUUUAUGCCUUUUUGAGCCCUUCCCCUGAGCACCUCAAAGUUAUUGAUGUGCAAGGAAAGAAAUCUGCUUUUUCACUCUCAUCAUUUCUGGAAAGACUUCCUGGUGAUUUCUUUUCUCAUCAAGAGGAGGAGACAGAAGAGGAUAGUGACCUGUCAGACAAUGGAGAUGAUGUGGAUGGUAAACGAGAUGCUCUUGCUGAGCCGUGUUUCAUGCUGAUUGGAGAGAUUUUUGAGCUGCGAGGAAUGUUUAAGUGGGUCAGAAAGACACUAAUUGCACUAGUACAAGUCACUUUUGGAAGAACUAUCAACAAACAAAUACGUGACACCGUAAGCUGGAUAUUCAGCGAGCCAAUGCUUGUUUACUACAUCAGUGUAUUCCGAGAUGCUUUCUGGCCAAAUGGAAAAUCAGCAGCCCCAACAAGAUCCAAAAGUGAAGAGCAAAGUCAGGAGACAAAACAGAGAGCGCAGCAAAAACUACUUGAAAACAUUCCAGAUACUCUACAGAGCCUUGUUGGACAACAAAAUGCCCGUCAUGGGAUAAUCAAAGUGUUCAAUGCACUGCAAGAAACUAGAGCCAAUAAGCAUCUACUCUAUGUCUUGUUGGAACUGCUGCUAACUGAACUGUGUCCUGAGCUAAGAAUUCAUUUAGAGCAGCUUAAAGCUGCUCAUGUUUGAAUCUGCACAAGUGAACCACUAGAGAAAUGUCUGUGUAAUAAUAGACAUGAAACUUAUCUUCCUCUUUUCCACAGAGGGCUGACUGAGGACUAUUGAGUAUUUUUUAGUUUUCUUUCUCCAGUUUUAUGUGAAGUAAACAGACUUGAAAAGAUCUGAUGCUGUAGUAGGGUAGAAAAACAAUGCUGCAUAGUUGCCAGCUUUAUUUAAAUUGUUCUAUUUGAAUACUUUUUGGUUUAAAAUACAGACUGAAAUAUAAAUGUUAAUAUAAGUUGUAAGAAUCUAGAAAAUAUUUUAAACGUUUAUCAAAAAUGAAGUUUUGCUUAAUAGUGGUAAACUAAUGAAUGUUGUACAGUUAAUUUCCUCAUUGAGGAUUUGAACCCUCCUUUAUUGUGUAUUGAAGAGCCUUGUUGUGCAAUACUUCAGGUAAAGUUAUUGUGAACAUUUUAUCUAUUUUAUUUUUACCAAAUUUGAAGCAUUUGUAAGCAAUAAAUAACAAAGUGGA